AAGACCUCCAUGCCCAACAAAAAAUGUCAAACACUCAAACUAUUUACCCCUAUAUGUGAUCUCCCAAACCAUUCUUUUCACACAAAGAUUCAAGCUUAUCCAGCAGAGAGAGAUUUCCAAGGCCUCAAAAUUUCCCUAUGAAUCAAUUGUUUUCACUCUUGUUACUUCUUCUUUCAAUUUUCUGCUAUGCUGAAGCACAAUCACCCUCAGAUGGAGACAACUUGCCUUCAGAUCAAGGUGGGAUCAACAAUUUCCAACCAAGUCUUGCAGUAGUAGCUGGAAUCAUGGCUGUAAUGUUUUCACUGACAUUUAUUCUUGUCAUGUAUGCGAAAUACUGCUACAGGGGUGGUCUUGUAGCGAACAAUCAAAGAACUCCGAACGGCUUAAUAAGCUCGGGUUCGCGAUCUUCUGGAAUCGAUAAAAGAGUGAUCGAAUCGCUUCCUUUUUUCAAGUUCUCUGCCCUUAGAGGGUCGAGGGAAGGGCUGGAAUGCGCGGUUUGUCUCUCCAAAUUCGAAGACGUUGAAGAUCUCCGGUUACUGCCCAAGUGCAAACACGCCUUUCACAUCGAUUGUAUUGAUCUGUGGCUUGAAAGGCACUCGAGUUGUCCUCUUUGUAGGCACAAAAUCAGCUGGGAUGAUGUUGCUAUGAUGCCAUACUCGAAUAGUUUGAGAUUUUUAUCGAGCCAGGCAGGUGUCAGAGAAGGAUCGAACUUGGGGCUCUUUGUUCAAAGGGAAGAGAGCCGCCGGAAGUCUUCCAGAUUUAGCAUUGGAAACAGUUUUAGGAUAUUUGAAAAGGGUAUUAUAAAGGAAGAGAAAUUGCCAAUCCGAGAAGAUUGCGAUGGCAUUAAGGCAAAUGACAAGUUCUUCCACAAGUACAAUCACAAGAUUGUUAUGUCUGAUGUUGUGCUAAAGAGAAGGUGGAGCAAUCUUUGUUCCUCUGACCUUGUUCGCUUGAAUUCAGAAAUGCUUGCUGAUGUGCCAAGCAAUAGGUUUUCUUCUCUGGAUUCAAACGCACAAGAAAACUCGACUUCACAGGCGACUGAAGAGGGUGGAAUCGCGAAGAUUAAGGAGGAGAUGGAGAAGAGAAGGGAUUUCGAAAUGAAGGUCAGUAAACCAAAUCAGAAUGGUUUGUUCCCCUCAUCAAGUGGUGCUAGUACUUCAAAUGAAACAAGAGUUCUGAAUCCGAAUGACAGGAGAUCAAUGUCGGAGAUCACAGUUCAUUCGAGAUUCAAGGAAUUCGAUUUUAGAAAUGAUGGGGAUUCUUUUGUUCCUGAAAAUACUGCCAAGGAGGAAAGAUUGAAGAGGCUUUGGUUGCCGAUUGCGCAAAGAACAGUUCAACGGUAUGCGGAUAGAGACAGAAAACCUCAACUGCCAAAUAACACAAGAGAGUCAUUGAAUGUGUAAAUUCAACCAUUAGCCUCUCAAAAUUUGUGUUUGCUGAUGGUUUUGGAGGUUCAAGUUCUUCAAUCAUGCUGCCUUUUCCAGAGAUAUCCGUUACGAAUCCGCGAAAGCUCUCAUUUAGGUAGUGUUAUACUGCAUUGUGCCAACGGGAAUAUAUAUUCUUUUGAUUCCAUUAUUUCCAUGAUUCCUCAUGAGCUUCUUAAAAUUAUUUUCCCAGUUAUUGAUGUAGUCCUAAUGCAUAUGUACAUGUUGAGACACAAAAUUCGUUU